AAAGAAAAGCUUGUUUAUCUUUUUUUCUCAUGUCGGUUCUCUAUACUUUCAAUUGUUUUCAUUUAUUUAAUUGUGAUUUUUAUUUUUAACAAUUCUAUUUUUUUAAGUAUAUCAUUGAUACACAAUUAUUUACUGAUCAGUUCAUGAGCAAUUAUAAACAAAUUUGAUUCCUGUUCAUUUCUUCUUUAAAUUUAUUGUUUUCCUAAGUUCCUUACUUUUUGCUUUGCUUUCUUAAACAAUGGAAACUGGACGUGAAUUUUUGCCUUACUUGCCAAUGGGUGGUUCAAUUACACCGAUUGCUCCUUAUACUAACAUGAUUCCUUCUGGAUUGGGUGCUCUUUAUGCUGCUUGUAGAUUAUUAUACCCUGAUCAGCCAAAUCCUCUCCAAGUUACUGCAAAUCUUAAAUAUUGGAUGAAAGGACCAGAUCCUUUGGAUUACAUAAGCAUGUAUUCUAACCCAGGUGAUCCUGGUCAAAAUAUACCACCACAUUGGCAUUACAUUAGUUUUGGACUGUCAGAUUUAUAUGGAGACGAAAGAGUUCACCAACGCAGGUAUCCACCUUCUCCAAGUGGUUUCGGUUUUGAGCUUACAUUCCGUUUGAAAAAAGAUGAUGAACCAGGACCUCCAACUUGGCCUGCAAUGGUCAUGCAAGCUUUGGCAAAAUAUGUAUUUCAAUCGACAAAUGUUCUCUGUGCUGGCGACCACGUCUCUUGGCAUUGUUCAUUAGAUAAUAGUGAGUCACGAAUCGAACAUAUGCUGAUGACUGAAGAUCCACAAUUAGGAACUGUCAAUACUCCUCAUGGGCAUGUGACUUUUAUACAAAUAGUUGGUGUCUGUGCCGAGGAACUGAAAGCAGCUCAGCAAUGGAAUGGACCUGGUAUCAUCGAGCUUAUGAAAACUAUUGAAAUCGCUGGAGGCCCUUGGUUAGUUACAAAUAUGCGAAGAGGAGAAACAAUCUUUGAACUUGACUCCGAAAUUCAAGAAAAGGUAGACAAGGGUAUUAUUGAGGAAGGCUCAAAUCUAAGUGGAGUCAGUGCCAAAUGUGCGUGGAGUGAAAAACCAUUCAGUAAUAAUGAUGAUUCGAAUGGAGAAGAGGAAGAAGAAGAUGAUGAUGAGGAUGAAGAUGAAGAUGAGGACGAUUCAGAUUCAGAUUCAGACUACAAUGAAAACCAUCCCAUUCUAGAGCGAGUUAAUCAGAAUCAUGGUCAUCUUAAUCACUUAAGUAAUCUCAACAGUAAUAACGUCCUGAACAACAACAACAAUAUUAAUAACUGUAAUAAUACCAACCCUAACAAUAACUCUUGUGCCUCUCCGAUCGGCGGUAUGUCAUCGCCCGCUUGUAAUAGUCGUAAUUCAAAUAUGUCCAUUACCCAUGAUCAACAAAACCAAAGUAAUUCAAGAAUGUCUUAUGCCAGUGAAACAGGAGCUCCAGAACCAGGUGAACUUAUUCAAACCAAAUUCCUUGAAAAAGUUUAUAUCAGACUUAAUCACGAAGCUGGUAUGCUUUUACCCUUAGCUUUAAGGGGAAGACUCAAACAUGGAAGACAUUUUACGUUCAAAAGUAUCCUUGGCGAUCUUGCCAUAACUUUUGUUACGCCAACUGUAAGAGGAUCUCAUGUAAAUGAAGAGCAACCUUACGCCGUUCAUGGACCUUGGCUACAAAUCCUAAUUCCUGAUCGAAGCAUAGACACUAUGCUGAAAGACUUACAAGAUCUUUCUGAUCUUGACUUUGAAUCUCUUCCUAAGACUUACGAUUGGUCUGAAUUAAAUUUAUCCAUUACAUUAGUGCCAGAGGAUAAUCUCAAUUAGAAGUAUAGCUUCUCAUUCCAUUUUUAUCCAUUUUAAAUUGAGCUGACCUUUUAACCAUUACCAUGACGAUCUUAAAAAUGACACUUUAAGUGUCACGAAUCAUGCAAAUUUGAUCUGAUUACUCACUUCCCAGUGAAUCCUCUACUUAUGCAACAAUAUUAUACUGUAUGACGAUUCAAAUUUGACGAAACCAAAAUGAUUAAUCUUCCUUUCAAUCUCAUUUUUUAAGCUUAAUGUAAAAUUCAGUCUAAAUGAAUUACUUUUCUCAUCAAUAUCUAAAUCGAUGCUACAAUUACAUAAUUAUUGUAGUUUUCAACAAAUGACUGACAGUUUUCAAAUUUUCUUUCAUUUAAGUAUAAAAUUCAUACAGAUAAUUGAUACAGAUGAUAUUCUUAAUAAGUUUGAGUAAAAAACAUCUAAACAACGACCAAGGUUUACCUGUGAGAUGAAGUCAAAUUUCUAAAUAUUAACUUAUAACUAUUAAAUUACAUUAGAGCGAA